AUGGCUUUGUCCUCCAAACAGGUUGUGGAGGUCUCCACUUCAAAAACUGGCAAACAUGGACAUGCAAAGUGCCACUUUGUAGGAAUUGACAUAUUUAAUGGCAAGAAGCUUGAAGAUAUUGUUCCUUCAUCCCACAACUGUGAUGUUCCCCAUGUUAAUCGAACUGACUAUCAGCUGAUUGAUAUCUCUGAAGAUGGUUUUGUGAGUCUUUUGACUGAGAACGGAAACACCAAGGAUGACCUCAGGCUCCCCACCGAUGAAAAUCUGCUUGCCCAGGGGAAAAGGAAAGAAGGCACUCGCCUCUUGAUUGCCCACAAGGAGGAAGAU